AUGGCCGACGGUAGCGGCGGCAGUAGCAGUCAGUGGGGUUUCAACCAGACAACCACCAUGAGUCUUGCUUGUCUUGUAUGCCAUGGCAUGAGCAGCCCCUCGCACUCCCUUAGAAGCUACUCAGUGUCAAGUUCAGAGGAGGAAAGCCGAUGUGGAGCUGCUGUUGCCUGCUUAGCUCGAAGAGUGACACCAGCUGCAACUUCUGCUAGUGUUGGGACAUCAAAAGUGACCCCCUUUCCUCCCAUGGUGAGUGGUCAAGUUGGUACAGAGGGCACUCCUCGGCUUCAACGCAGCCGUGCUGUGUCCAGGGACCUUGUUAGAGAUUGGAACUUUGACGAAGUAAUUGUUGCAAAUUAG